GCUGUGAGGGAGCACGAGCUGUACGCGGUGCCGCCACACUGUCCACACGGUCUGCUCACUGGACGGCUAACGUUACACUCUGAAGCACGCUCAGGAGACCCCUCCGCUUCUCGCUGUGUGUACGCCAUGGCGUCUAAACCUCACCCUCCUCUGAUGAAGAAGCACAGUCAGACAGACCUGAUAAGCCGCCUGAAGAGCCGGAAGAUCCUCGGGGUUGGUGGCGAGGAUGAUGAUGGUGAAGUGCACCGCUCAAAGAUCAGUCAGAUGCUCGGAAAUGAGAUGAAGUUUGCAGUGCGGGAGCCUAUCGGGCUGAGGGUGUGGAUACUCAUCUCAGCAGUGGGUUUCACAGUUAUGGCCCUGAUGGCCCUGAUGUUUCCCAACCAGCUAUAUGAGGUUGUGUUUGAGGAGGAGCUCUCCACGACUAACAUAUCCAUUCGCCUUUACGGAGGAGCACUGCUUAGCCUGGCCCUUAUCAUGUGGAAUGGUCUCUACACUGCAGAGAAGAUCGUGAUCCAGUGGACUCUGCUCAGUGAGGCCUGCUACUUUGCUGUCCAGUUUCUAGUGACAUCCAUCACUUUAAUGGAGAUGGGCAUCCUGUCCAAUGCUGCCAUGCUCCUGCUCCUCAGCCGAGUGCUCUUCUUGGUGGUCACCAUGGCUUACUACUACCACCUGGGUCGUAAGGCAAAGAAGAUCUGAGGGGACUGUGUGAUACUUCCAGGGAGGGGACAGCAGACAGAUUGCAAAUGCAGGGUCAGAAGGUUUGGAAUAUUAUUUAAUUGGGGCUUGAAACAUUACCAGUGGAUGCUCCAUGACACCCACCCCUGCCCAUGGGACCUAGCCUAUCUUAACCCCCAAUAUUCAACAGAUGAGCACAGUGUCACAUUCCAGACUCUACAACCAGAACAAGAAACCUCAUAGUGAAAGUAAAUUAAUCUUUCACUGGGCUGUGAGGUCAAGCCCCUCUUGACACACAUUCCAUCUUUGUUCAGUUCUGAGUGCUCUUAUUAUAAAGAAGGAGCUAGCGUUUUGUAGUGCGUUGUGUUUCUUGUGUCAAUAUGAUUCCAUAUUCCAGAUUCAGUAUUGUGGUGUUAUCUGAUAAACAGCUGCAACUUGACACUGCUUCUUAAUUGCACUCAAGGACCACGAGUUUGUGUUAGAACGUGUUUCCUGUUUGAUGCUGUUUUAGUUAAAUCAUACUGUAUGUGUGCUAACGUUGAGCCUGAAUAUCUGUGCUCGUGCAUGCUUCUCUGACAGCUCUCCAGUGAACGCACCAAACUGAAAAAGCAUCAACUGUGCUUUGUGUAAGAUUAAGGAGUUUUUACUUUCAAUCAUGCCCAUCAAUCAUAUUCAGAUCUAGACUGCCCCCAAACAAAUGCUGAAUCGAAACAUUUUUCAGGGACAAAGAGAUUUUUUUUUUAUUCCUUGAGGUCAAGAAGUUCUACCAAAGUAAAUUGUUUUGUACUGAGAAUUUACAAUACUGAGUAGCACAUGUAUAAUGCACAUGUGAACUGACUCGUAGAAGAGAAGAUGUGUAGUUCUCUGCUGGUUAUGUGUGCACUGUUAGGCAGGAGUUUAGCCUGAGCGAUCUUACAGAAAGUAUGUAACACCUUUACUGUCAAAGUAGUGUCACAAGCCGAGCAUGUCAGUGUGCAGGCCAAACAAACAUGAGCUGUUUCCUCUUCAGUGAUGUAGCACAGUUUUUUACGUACACCAUAUCCUUAGCCUUGCCUUAAAACUACUUUAAAGAACAGUCAUCGACACUGCAUCCUACUUCUUGUAUAUAUGUAAAUAAAACUAUUUACUAUAAUGUGGUGUUCUUGUGAACCGAACAGGGAACUUGUUCAGUAUUAGUUAAAUGAUUUUCAGAGGUUGAUCUUUCUUGCUGUGUGUUAUUUUGUACCUAUUUAAGUGACAUUUGUAUUUUUGAUGUCAUGCAUGCAAUAUAAUCUGGGAAAAGAAAUAGCUCAAACUGUGUAGCAAGCUGCCACCAUCUAGAACCCAACGCUGAUAAAGUUAUAUUAAUGGUGGUGAAUGGAUGCUAAAAAUGGCAAAAAGCAUUCAAAGGAAAAUUUAAUUUAUAAGGUAGUUUAACUACAGUAUAUGUGCUAUAAAACAGAUAUUACCCAACACUUAGGUUCAGUACCUUUUCUACCUCCCGAUACGUGGCGCGCCCUCAGGUACGUGACAUCCCAGCUCAGUGUUUUAGAGCAGCGCUAAUUUGUCAACUCUAAUCUCUGGAAAUCAUACUCUUCAGCACCUACUGUAAGGCCAGUUGAAAAGACACCUUCAAGACAGUUGACCCAUUUUCUAAAUUUAACUUGAAACCUUACUUUGAGUUGAACAAGAAACAUACUGUAGGUCUCCUCCAAAGGUGGUCCAUAUUGUUGCAAAUGACCAGGUUCAGUCCUGCCCCAGAAGGGAGUGGUCCUGAGGUCAGAGUGAUUGAGGGUUUGCAGUUGCGAGUCCAGCACUGAAGGCAGAUGUGCUUGUUACUUGGGUUAGCUUUCGGUUCAGAUAGGGAACGUGAAACAUGGGUGAGGUCUCCUGUACUCCUGAAAAGUUGUAAUUAUACUUUUUCCAGUGUUUAAUUACAUGCAGCUCUCCCUUGUGACAUUGUGUGCCCCCACCUACUGCUCUGUCCUGACUAGCAUGGUAAUUAUGGAGUUCAAGAAAAAUGUCAUUCCAUUUCCGUCGAUACUACAGGCCUCAAAUCAUCAGCCUUGUGAGAUGAAACAGGUCUGUGACGCAGGUUAUUUUAGGAGAGAUGGGCAGUUGGGGACGGGCAGAAGAAGGGAGGCAAAGAAAUAUCUCUUUCAUCCUCCUGGUUCUCUGACGUCAAUUAGUCAGAAACAUUGGUAAGUCGUGUCCUUGAAAUUUUAGAUGAAUGGUAAGUUGAGCUAUUCAUUCCCUCUGAUGUCCAACAUAUAUUGUACUGUUGUGAAUAGCAUACCAGGUCAAACUGUUUCAAGUUGUAGCAUUGUGUUUUUAUGUAUAUAUGUGCUAUACUGUACCUCAAAAAUGAAUUGUUAUGGAUUUCCACUAUUUAGUUUGAAAUAAAGGACACUAUUGUUUAUUUUGAAGUCU